AGAGGCCACAGGAAACAGUAGCCGCACAUCAGGCAGGAGGAAGGCCAGUUGGACAGAGCUUGUGACCAGGAGGCCACACAGCCACCGGACUCUGCCGACCACUGAUGGCAAUAGCCAGAAGCCUGGGCCUCCUGCUCUUUCUGCUACUGGGUUCAGAUGAGACCACUGAAGGGCCGAGGAACGUCUGCCUGUUCAAGGAGGCCCAUGUGUAUGACAACUUUGACUUGAAUGACAUCGCUAAGUGCUUCACCAAGUGCGGGCAGCUGGGGGACAGCUCCUGUGAUGUGGGGAACUUGCAGAGAUACUGGCUGAACUAUGAGUCCUACCUUCUGGAGAAUUCCGUGGAGACUGUGGACAUGCCUUUUGUGAAGGCCUUGAUCCGGAACAUCAGCACAGACAUCUCAGAAGACCUUCAGUUCUCUCUGAUGCCCUCCCAGAUCCCAAGGCAGCUGAUGCAGGGUGAGGACCAGCCCACUGACAGAGUCCGACUUCCCAAGAGCCUAUUUGGAGCCCUCCUGCCUGGCAACAGGUCUGCUGUCCGGUUGGCCAUAACUGUUCUGAACAUUGGUUCAGGGAAUGUCUUCAAGGGCCCCAAGCUCCUCCGGGACCGCGGCAGCAGCGUGCUGAACAACCGGAUGGUAGGCUUGAGCGUGGGCCAGAGGCACACCACCGGACUGUCGGAGCCUGUGGAGAUUACCUUCUCUCACCAGCGUCAACUACCUAAUAUGAUCCUUACUUGUGUAUUCUGGGAUGUGGCUAAAGGAGACUGGGAUUCCCGAGGCUGCUCCACAGAGCUCGGGGAUGAGAGGACCACGUGCCGCUGCGACCACUUGACCUUCUUCGCCUUACUGCUGAGGCCGAUCUUGGACCUGCCCACAGCACAGAUUCUCACUCGCAUCUCCCAAGCAGGCUGCGGAGUCUCCAUGAUCUUCCUGGCCUUCACCAUGGUUCUCUAUGUUGCCCUCAGGCUCUCCCUGCAGAGGUUCAAGUCUGAAGAUGCCCCUAAGAUCCACAUGGCUCUGAGCAGCAGCCUGUUUCUCCUGAAUCUUACCUUCUUGAUCAAUGUGGGGAGCAGCACUCAAGGCUCCCCGGCUUCCUGCGGGGCCCGGGCUGCCAUCUUUCACUACUUCCUGCUGUGUGUCUUCACCUGGAUGGGCCUGGAGGCUUUCCACCUCUACCUGCUGGCCAUCAGGGUCUUCAACACCUACUUUGGACGCUAUUUCCUGAAGCUGAGCCUGCUGGGCUGGGGCCUACCUGCUCUUGUGGUUAUUGGUGCUGGGAGUAGCAACAGUUACGGUAUUUACACCAUCCGCAACCAGGAGAACCGCACCUCGCUGGAGCUGUGCUGGUUCCAGAAAGAGCCUGCCCUUUACGCUACUGUCCAUGGCUACUUCCUUGUCAGCUUCCUCUUUGGGGUUGUGGUGCUGGCUCUGGUGGCCUGGAAGAUCUUCACUCUGCCCAGUGUCACAGCGGGCAAAGAACAGGGGCACACCUGGAAGUCGGUCUUCACCAUCCUGGGCCUCUCCAGCCUGGUGGGCAUGACCUGGGGCCUGGCUGUUCUCACACCCCUGGGCCUGUCCACCAUCUACAUCUUCACCCUCUUCAACUCGCUGCAAGGUGUCUUCAUCUUCUGCUGGUUCAUCACCCUCUACUUCCCGAGGCAGAGCGCCACGGCCUCCUCUUCCGGCACUGCCCGCCUGGACCAGGCCCACUCCGUGUCACAGGAGUAGGAGGCUGCAGUUCACGCUGCUCUCACCUCCCGAUGGGUUGCGUGGCCUCGGACAGCUCCCUACUUCCUUCUGCCUUCAUCGCCUUCUCCGUACAGGGUGUCUGAGGAGGGAGAGCAUGGAGACCAGGCUGAACCACAGGGCUCCAAAGCUCCCACCCAGAGAGCUGGAUAGAUUGAUCGCUUGAAGAGGACACUGGUUCAGUUCCCAGAACCCACAUGGAGGCUCACAACUGUCUCUAUGGUUCCAGGGGAUCCAACACCCUAUUCUGGCCUCCAAGGACACAGAAAGUGUUGUUUAUACACAUGUGCGUACACGUAAAAUAGAAAUUUAAAAGCAUAUGGAAAAGCUUCCGUUCAGAUAUGUUCAUGGGUCCAAAAAGCUACAGAAGGAGAUUUGUGGGAGACCAAAGUCCCUAUUAGCCCAAGAACCGCCCCUCCAGCAGAGUGUCAUCUUCCCCCUGUUGCUAUGGAAACAUCUCUACAGCUAAGCAGCUGUUUUUAGCCAUGAACCACCUCUCAUCUCAUUAGGAGCCUGAGCCAGGGGAAACUUGGUGAAACCCCUCGAAGAAACUCCAGUCUUUCCCCUCUCCCCCUACAAUCCCACCUUAUAGCUGCCUCUCCGCAACCCAGGGACAUUCACAGGCUGACUGUUCUAUAUGUGCCAGGUGUGCAGAAGACUGAAGGUUUCUUUGGGGGCUUUGACGAUCUUCUACCUAUUAUACCCUCAUCUUUGCUCCCUAGUUGGGGUUCAUUCUAAUUGCAAUUACUGCCCCAUUGAGGGUUGAGGUCCUUCAGAGAAAGCCACUCAAAUGGUGAGCUUCCAGGAACACCUCCACCCACCCCACGUGACUGCCAGCUGAGGUCUGGCUCUGAUCUGCUGCCAUUGUUGGGGCAUGCUUGCUCCGUCCACAUUAGUGCAUGUGGUCCAGGGGGACAAGGGAGAAAAGGCGACCCUUCCUACAGUGUCUGUAGUCCUAUCCGCAGGGACCUGAACGGCCUUGCCCACCAUUUCAACCCAGGCCUGGCCAUGUUAAGGGAGUAAUUGUCACGUGGAUUUCAAUAAACAAACCUUCAUUGGCUGA